AUGCAGCCGGGGGAGAGCAUCGUGCCAGUGCUUCAUGUUUGUGUGAUGGGAGCCCCACAGAGUGGCAAGACCUGUCUUAUCAACUCCUGGGUCAACAACAUCGCACCAAGCGUUUAUGUCAAAACCACCGAGCCGACCAGCUACUACAAAUCGAUGCUGCUACCCAAUGCUCUUCAUGAUGGUGAAGCAAUUACCACUCUGGUUGAGGUUGAGGAAGCAGCGUGGCCGGAGGACAAAGAGGGAUGUGAAGUGGACGCAGUCGACUAUGCCAAGAAGUUCCAAGAAGCUGAAGCACGAUCUGAUGGUGUCAUGGCUUCCUACACGCAUCCCAUGACAGACUUUACGCCAGAAGCACCUGUUCGCCUGGCAAGGAGUCGGAUGAGCUUCAUCGUCCUGUUUGAUAUCACAUCCAAAGAGUCCACAGACAAGGCACUGCAGAUAAUAGAGGAAAUGAGGUCAAACAAAAAGAGUGGCUUCAAGAGUGGAAUGAAAGUGCGCCUAGUUGCAAACAAAGUUGAUUUGGAAGCCACUGCAGAUCAAGAAGUGGUUGAGGACAACCGUACUACGGCGGAGCGUCAGUGCUGGGACACAGUUGGGAUGGAUUUCCGAGAGGUGUCGGCAGUGGAGUUCAGAGGUGUACGAGACCUCUUCCAGGACUUGUUGGAAGAGACCAUGGAAAUGACUGAACAGUGGGCCACAUCUGCCAUGAAACGGCAGACCGAGCCGAACGUGGUGGAAUUGACCGGUGCAGUGCAGGAGCGUAAAAAGAUUCUGAAAGGUCGCCUGACGUUGGCCAUGCACAACGCUGAAGAGCUGGCCGUCCAGGGUGGAAAGAAUGAGCCAGAGUCGGACGAUGUUAAGCAACGAAACGACGAGGCCAUUCACGAGCUCAAUCUCGUGCCGACUGUUCAUAUUUUGCAGGCGGUGGAGAAUCAGAAGCAGGAAACUUUUGAGAAAAAGGAGCCUGACCGAGUGCCCUCUGACAAGCUGGCGCCGGCCAAAAUAGACAGGGUAGAGAGCAACACAAGCAUUGUGACAGACAACGAAGAAGUCAAAUGCCAGAGGCGGGACUACUUCCUUCAAAUGACCCGAGACAGAGUGACAUCAGCUCUCGGCACCAUCAUUGAAAACCCGAGUGACAUCCAGGCUUUCUAUACGCUCAAGGACAAACUUGGGGCAGGGCAAUUUGGCACUGUGAGCACCGGUGUCAUCACGGCAAAUGGCGUCGAACGAGCGGUGAAACUCAUCGCCAAAAAGGACAAUUACUCGGCACUGAAGGCUUUGAAAGCAGAAAUCGAGAUAAUGAAGAUGUUGGACCACCCAAAUCUGGUGGCCAUCACCGAAAUUUUUGAAGACACGGAUGCCGUCUACUUGGCUAUGAAGCUGUGUAAAGGCUCGCACCUAACUCUCUAUGUGGACAGAGUAGCUAGCUUGAGUGAGAAGCAGGCAGCAUUCGUGAUGCGAGAUCUAUUCCGUGCGGUGGCGUACAUGCACAACUCGGGAGUAGCCCAUCGUGAUUUGAAGGGCGAGAACUGCCUCAUGUUGACGCAAGCGCCGCCGGAGAGGAAUCGCCUAAAACUCUGCGAUUUCGGGUUGUCCACAACGUUUGAACCGGGCAAGCCUUUGAGAGGACGAGUUGGUUCAGUGACCCAUAUUGCCCCAGAGGUGCUGACCAGCUCUGAGAGCUACACAUGCGCCAUUGACAAUUGGAGCGCCGGCAUCAUCUUCUAUCACGUAAUCUGCGGCUUUUUGCCUUUUCAGGAAGAGAAGGAUGUGCUGAAUGGCCGUCUCUCCUUCGCUGAUCGACACUGGU